AAGUUUUGCUAUGUAGAAAGAAAAAAAAGAGGAUGAUUUGAAGCUCUUGAUUGAUUGCGUAAUGUUAAACUAAUGGCCUCUUCAACUUCAACUCGUUCCUCUUGCCUCAUCGCCUCCUUCUCCUCCUUCACCAACACCGCAAACCGCCACGACCCCUUCUCCUCCUCCUUCAAAUUCACCGCUUCACAACAACCUCACUUCCACCGCCGUCGUGGUCACCCUCCCCAAUUCCAACGCCACUGGGUUGAAGCACUUGAUCAUCAAUCCCUCGCAUUUUCAGAGAGAUUCACGGUGGCGUCAUACAACAUACUAGCAGAUAGAAAUGCUUUUCACCACCGCGAUUUGUACCUCAACGUUCCUUACCCUUUCAUCAAAUGGGAUCGCCGGAAAACCGUUAUUUGCCAUGAACUCUUUGGAUGGAACCCUGAUAUUAUCUGUUUACAAGAAGUGGACAAGUAUCUUGAACUCUCAAACAUUUUGGUCAAAGCAGGAUACACUGGAUACUAUAAGAGGCGCACUGGAGAUUCAGUUGAUGGUUGUGCCAUGUUUUGGAAAGCUGAUAAAUUCAGGUUGUUAGAUGGAGAGAGCAUUCAAUUUAAGGACAUUGGUCUUCGUGAUAAUGUUGCUCAACUUCUAGUUUUUGAGAUGUGUGAAUCUGACUCGAGAAGAUUGUUAGUUGGUAACAUCCAUGUACUUUAUAAUCCAAACAGGGGAGACGUUAAAUUAGGUCAAAUUCGGUUUCUCUUGUCAAGAGCACAUACCCUCUCAGAGAAAUGGGGUAAUGCCCCUGUUGUCCUAGCUGGUGAUUUUAAUUGUACUCCUCAGAGUGGAAUAUACAAGUUCUUGUCAUCAUCGGAGCUUAAUAUCAUGCUAUAUGACAGAAAGGAGUUAUCUGGACAGAAACGAUGUCGUCCUGCUCAAGUUUUAGAUGAGAAAAAAGAUACAGUUGGUCCGCUUAGCUUACCAGAUGGGUUGUUGGAUUGCUGGACAGAUGAAGAGGUAAAAAUUGCUACUGGUGAUUCUGAGCGUCAUUUGGCUAUGCAUCCAUUAAAGCUGAAAAGUUCAUACGCCACAGUGAAUGGUUCAACUGGUACACGGGGACUCAAUGGUGAACCCGUGGCAACUUCCUAUCACUCAAAGUUUCUUGGUUCUGUAGAUUACUUAUGGUACUCUGAUGGUAUUGUACCUACAAAAGUUCUUGAUACCGUUCCAAUGAACGAUCUUCUGAGGGCAGGUGGUCUCCCAUGCAAGAAAGUGGGAAGCGACCAUUUGGCUUUGGUUUCUGAAUUUUCCUUCUCAGUUACCCAUAAUAAAUCAACUGACACAGCAUCCUCUAGAGUAGAUAUUGAAGAGAAUGGCGAUCUGCAGUCUUAAGAAAAAAACUCAGCAUUUGUGUUAAAAGAUUAUUUGCUUUUGAUAUUUAUAUUUGUUGUUGAUGUAUAUGAGCUGAAAUAUAUAUUAGAUGGCUCUUCAAAGAUUAUUUGCUUUUGAUAUUUAUAUUUGAAUGCUUAAAUGCAUUCAAAUUCCAAA